UCCAGACUCCGGCACCCAUCAUUUGGAGGAAAGACAUUUUAACAUAAUAAAUGUUCAUCUUCAAACAUACUCCGUAUAAUAAAACACAAAGUAAAGAAAUCGAUUAACCCAGAAAGUGUAAAGGCUAUUUUAAAACGGAGGUGGUAGUAAUAAGUAUUAGCAAGGUGACUUGGACGGAUUACGUAAUUAAAUAUUUAUUUUACCGAUCAAUAUUCUUCUCCCCCCUCACAACGUUACCGACUAAAUAUUUAAGGAAUGAGAUAGUGAUAAGAUAGUAAGGUUCCAUAGAGAUUCCGUGUGAAUUCUUCCUAGACAACAUCUAGACCAGGUCCACAAGUAAUUUUAAUUUUAAUUUGUUCACUACCACACCAAAUGACGCAGUUAGUGAGGUCAAAAGGAAAAUAUAAGACAGACUCUUCUUGUAAUUCUUUGGCGGCAUAUAAAAAUAAAAAUAAAAUAAAAAAAUGAAUAAAGAUAUAUUCUUCUUGCAUGAAUCUGGUCCACGAUGAUAUUAUUGUAGACAAAGUCAACAAUUUGCUCUAACACUCAUUUUACAUACAUAAUGAUAUUUAUUGUUCAGAUAGUCACUAUAAUAAAUUAAACACGGAUUUUUAUAGAUAUAGUUUUUGAAUAUAUAGCCCUAUGUUUUUUUUAAAAGAAUUGGGAUUUAAGAUCAAAUUAUUCAAGCACCACAUGUACUAAUGUCACUAAUGUAGUAUUUUUUCAUAAUAAAUCUAAUAAAUAUGUCAAAAUAAUUUAGAAUCAAGUUGUUUGAUUUUUUUUAUUAGGUAUGGUCAAUGAUAAAUUUGUGGACUAGGUCUAGUUAAGAAUUAGUGGUAGGAGUAUCACUAUCUACUUAUUUAAAGCAAACCUUUUCCUUUCCAACUCAAACCUCCAACACUUCACCAUAGGAAGAAAAAAAAAAUGGAAGUUCAAAAUGGCAACCAACAACGGCCUCAAGUAGUAGUGGUGAUGGUGCCACUACCAGCACAAGGCCACCUCAACCAACUCCUCCACCUCUCUCAUCUCAUCACCUCAUACGGGAUUCCGGUCCAUUACGCAGGCUCCACCUCCCACAACCGUCAAGCGAAGGUCCGACUCAACGGGUGGGACUUAGAAAGCUUAACAAAUAUUCAUUUCCAUGAUUUUGAGCUUCCUCCUUUUGAGUCACGUCCUCCGAAAGACGACCUCUCGGUCCCCUUUCCCUCGCACUUGCAGCCCCUAUUUGAGGCUUCCAUGCAUCUUCGUAAACCUGUCUAUAAUCUGAUGCAACAACUCUCGGUUAAGUACAACCGAGUAGUUGUCAUUCAUGAUAAUAGUAUGACUUACGUUGUUCAAGAUGUAAAGCUAAUUACAAAUGGUGAAGCAUAUACCUUCAUUCCUACAUGUGCCUUUUACUAUUUUGUCUGUUUAUGGGAAAACAUACCUGAGGAAGAGAAACCCUUUCAGAUAGAUCCAAAUGAUUUUCCAGAAUGUCUCCCCUCACGAGAGGGAUGCAUUACAGAAGAUAUGUUAGAAUUUGUAAUCAAUCAAUCUAAAUGUCUAGGAUUCGAGUCAGGAUGGCUCUACAAUACUUCAAGAGUCAUCGAAGGUAGAUAUGUGGAAUUGAUGGAGAAACUAUCUUCAACUAAAACAAACAUAAAACACUUUGCUUUAGGACCUUUUAAUCCGCUGCAUAUCAAAAGCGAAAGUGGACAAAACAGACAUGAGUGCCUUGAAUGGCUCGACGAACAAGAGAAAAGUUCGGUGAUAUAUGUGUCCUUUGGGUCGACAACAUCACUGACCGAUGAACAGACCAAAGAGUUGGCAAAUGGGUUGGAGAAAUGCGGGGAGAAGUUUAUAUGGGUGCUUAGAAGAGCGGAUUCAAACGACGUUUUUGCAGAAGCUGAUAAAGUGAGAAAUCCCCAACUUCCUGCAGGUUAUGAAGAAAGAGUAAAAGACAGAGGAAUGGUAGUGAGAGAUUGGGCGCCACAGCUUGAAAUAUUGGCACAUCCAUCAACAGGUGGGUUCAUGAGUCAUUGUGGGUGGAAUUCUUGUAUGGAAAGUAUAAGUAUGGGUGUGCCAAUAGCAGCAUGGCCUAUGCAUUCGGACCAGCCAAGGAAUGCGUUUCUGUUGAGCAACUUGCUCAAAGUUGGUGUAACUGUGAGAGAUUGGAAACACCGGGGUGAGGUUGUGAAGUCGAGUACUAUAGAAGACGCAGUGAAAACAUUAAUGGCUUCAGAGGAAGGAAAAGAGAUAAAGAAAAGAGCUGCAGAAUUAGGUGAAGCUGUUAGAGGUUCAGUUGCUGAAGGUGGUGUUUGUUGUUUAGAAAGGGAAGCUUUCAUUGCCCAUAUCUCUAGAUAAUGUUAGCAACCGUGUAAGUUGUUAGUCUCUUUUCCCUCUAUAAAUUACACAGAGUCGUUCAGAUCGGGUUGAUUUUUCAGUAAGGUUAUAUUCCGGAACAUUACCGUAUCAAAAUCCUCUGUUAGGGGUAUGAGUUACUCAGAACACUUGUAGUUGUCUCAAAUAGUUAAUAAAAUGAUGCACUUUUGUUUCUCUGCUUACAA